CGGCGCACAGAGUAGCCCCAUCCCGACGACAGAAGAGCCACAGGUCCUCUCCCGGGUGCUGGGGGCAGGGGCUCUGGGGCAGGCUCAUCCCCGGCCUUGGCUCAGCCCACUGGCUGCUGUCUGCUGGGCUGCUCCUGGCCCCUGUGGCCUGGCCCGUGCCUUCCUCUUCUCGGGGACCCUUCCCUGCCCUGAUGUUAGGAGUCCCCUCAGCCUUUUUCUCGGGAACCUUCUCCAUCUCAUUCCCUGGGGACUCCUGCCUGGUGGCUGCCUCAGGGGGCUGCCUCAUUCCAUGGGCCCGAUCAUCUCUGAGCUGCCUUUCUGUCCUGCUGUCCUGGCCCUCCUCACUGUGUGACAUACUCUUCUGGGGCCCAUACGGAGUUUCCACCAGCCCCUCCAUCUCCCUGUUCAGAGGCUCCUCUGCCUUGUUCCCCACACUUCUCUCUGGCUCCCUGUCCUCUGUGUCUUUAGCCACCUUGGGGAGUCUCUCCAUCUGGGUCUCACCGUCCUGGGCUUCCUGGGAUUUAUCCUCUGGGGCCUUUGGCAUCUCCUCAUUCUGGCUCCCUUUGGCCUCUUCCUCAGCCAGAGACAUUGCCAGCUCCUCCUCAGGCUCCCUGGCCUCCUGGCUUUUGCCCAUGCUGGUUCUCGGGCCUGGCACCCCAUCUUCACCCACAUGAGGCCGCAGGCGCUUGGCGGCCAUGGCCACAUUGGCCAGCUGGCAGUUGGGCCGCAGCUUGCGUUUGGGCGAGCGGGCCCGGCACUGGGGGCAGGGGAAGCGCCGGCCCAUCUCGUCCCAGCAGCGAGUGAUACAGGUGCGGCAGAAAUUGUGGCCACAGUCGAUGGUGACUGGCUCGUGCAGGUAGUCCAAGCACACGGCACACGUCACCUCCUCCUGCAGUAGGCGCACAGGGUCCGAGGUGGCCAUAGCUGGGGUGGCACUUGGGGCUGCUGCCCCCUCCACCCCCCACCUAGGGCCCCUGCCCUCUCUUGCUCUGCCUCUGGCUCCCACUUCCUGACAGCCAGCCAUUGGGGGGCCAUUGUGAGGUCACCCCUGGUAGGGAGGGGUUUCUAGGGAACCUCGCUGGACCCCGGAGCCUCAGAAGGAAGCCAAGGCCUGGAAGGACAGGACUGGCCUUCAUCUUGCCUCCCCUAGGAAAGCAGGGGCCAAGGACUUCCCACAGUCCAGCCCCCAGGGCAGCUGGCUGCCUGCUGACCCUGGGGGCUGAUGGGAGGGGCCAUUUCCUCCACAGUGGCAUUUUCUUCCUCCUCCCAGAAUGGACUCCAGGUUGGCUCUUGGAAGAUCUUGAUUAGAAAACUGCAUCCAGUGCCUCCAGUGCUCUGGGCCUCUCAGAGAUGCUUGGCCAGCAGCUUCAAGGCCUCAGAUUUGCAGGUGGAGCUAUGCCAUACACUGAAGAAGAAGCCAAACCGUAAGGACCACCUGAUCUUUGGGAAGCACUUCACAGACCACAUGCUGACCGUGGAGUGGUGUAGUGAGGAGGGCUGGAACGUGCCAUGCAUCCAUCCCUUCCGACACCUCAGGCUACACCCAGCCUGCUCUGCCCUUCACUAUGCCCUCCAACUCUUUGAAGGCAUGAAGGCUUUCCGAGGCAAGGACCAGAGAGUGCGCCUCUUCCGCCCUUGGCUCAACAUGGACCGCAUGCUCCGCUCUUCCUUGCGACUCUGCCUCCCAAGCUUUAACAAGCUGGAACUUUUGGAAUGUAUCCGACGCCUUAUAGAGAUCGAUGAGGAGUGGGUGCCCAGCGGCGAUGAAAGGAAGGCCAGCCUCUACAUCCGGCCCACCUUAAUAGGCAACGAGUCAUGUCUGGGAGUCCACCCGUCCACAAGAGCCCUGCUGUACGUCAUCCUGAGUCCUGUAGGCAGUUAUUUCUCUGGGGACUCCUUAACGCCCAUCUCGCUGUUGGCUGACCCCCGCUUUGUCCGGUCUUGGGUCGGAGGGGUUGGUGACUGCAAGCUUGGAGGGAAUUAUGGGCCCACAGUGUUCGUGCAGCGCAUUGCUAACCAACAGAAUUGUGAGCAAGUCUUGUGGCUUUAUGGUCCAGACCACUACCUCACUGAGAUAGGGACCAUGAACAUCUUCAUCUUUUGGACCCACAAAGAUGGUGUGCUGGAGCUAGUGACCCCCCCACUGGAUGGCACCAUUCUCCCGGGGGUGGUUCGGCGGAGCCUGCUGGACCUGGCCCAGAUGUGGGGGGAGUUCCGAGUGUCAGAGCGCCAUGUGUGCAUGUCGGAGCUGCUGCUGGCCCUCCGGGAGGGGCGUGUGCAGGAGAUCUUUGGCUCGGGCACAGCAUGCCAGGUGUGCCCAGUGCACCGCAUCCUGUACCAGGGUGAGCACCUUCACAUUCCCACCAUGGAGAACGGGCCUAAACUCACCCUGCGGUUCCAGAAGACACUGUGUGAAAUCCAGUAUGGAGAUGGCUACCAGGAGUGGAUGCUACCCGUGUGACUGAGACCGGCUCAGGCUCCGCCCACCCUCUCCACUGCCCUCCUCCCUCCAGAUCUCUGAACACUUAAUCCCUUGCCCUUUUGCCCCGCCCCACCCCCAGCCAAAGAUUCUUGGUGCAAUAUAGUUCUCCUGGCAGGUGGUUUGGGAUGCCUGGGUCCCUGCCGCCCCCAAGCUAAGCUACACUCCCAAAGCCAUAUGGGCCAGGAUUCAGGCAUCCAGGGCUCUGUUCCCCCAGCCCUCAGGGAAUGCCACACUCCGUUCCUUGCCAGCUUCAGAGGGCAGCAACUAGGAGCCUGGAUGAUGUCAGAAGAGGACCCCUCCUCUGAUUCCCCAGCCCCCUAAGCCUGUCUGUGGCUGCCGUUAAUUUUUUCUCUGCAUUUUCCAAAUAAAAAGCCAAAGGAUACAAUGAAA